GUGAUAGGUGGUCUCAUAUUAAUCGGUUGCUCAGGCAAAUGGGCUUGACGUCUCCCUCGUCUCCCUCUACCUCGACGCGUCUGCGCUGACAUUCCACUACUCCAUCUACAUUGUGCAGUUUCUGCGGACAGACCGGUUGACCACGACGGCCACCAUGAGUCCCUCUGCGUUGAACUGGGACGUCCUCGAUAUCGUCUUGUCAUUCGGCAACCCAUACGACGCCCUCCAAUUCUCCAUGACCUGUCGCGACGGCCACAACCUGGCGAUGUCGCAUUUCUUGGAGGAAGUCGAGUUCCCGCUUCCUUGGUUAUGCUUACAGGGCGCAAAACGGUCAUCACUCGCUUGCCCGGAGCUCUUCAAGGGUUUCCGCGCUUACAUGCUCGACUCGCCGCACGCGUCCCAUCGCCUCCGGAAGCUCAAGGCUCUUACCCUCGGAAAAGAGGCUUUCUGCGUCAAAUGGGGGGGAUGUCACGGUGGCACAGGCACCGAACAGCCGACGUACAACUUCACUCUUGCGGGACCGCUCGCGGAUGUCAUUCGAGGUGCAGUGGAACUACGCAAGAUCUCCAUCGACUACACAGAAACCAUCUUGGAUGAUGUACCACAGCUCGUAGAUGCCAUAGCGAGUCUCCCGUGUGUCCAAGAGGUCUGCUUCUAUCGCGCCGACGAGUCGACACUCGGCCUUCUCUCUAAUAUGCAGAGUCGCCCCAGGAAAGUCAAAUUUUGCAUCAUCAAACAUAACGAUCAAGAGACGGAUGAGAGGUGGUGGGGCGAUUAUGCCUCCGGGGAUGAUCGCUUUCUAAGCAACUUCACUGAAACCCUGGAGGUUUUGAGCCUGAAUGGAGGCUUAGACAUCGUAGAGGAGCUCGAACCACACACGGUUUGGCGUGCUGUUCGUGAACUCAACCUCGUUCACGGGAAUUCAGUCAAUCUACAAGUCAUGGCCCGCGCUUUCCCAAAUCUGCGCCGUCUGCACUUCGAAGCCACGCCUUCCGCGGCUGUGCCAGACAUUGGUCACUGGCGAAAGCUCGAUUUCGUCUCAGCAUCACAUCCUCUCCCUUUGCAGCAUCCG